UAACAUCGUUUUUAUAAAGCUGAAUCUCUAACGUUAAUGUAAUCUUAAUCGUUCUGGCGUUUAUUUGGAGGCGCAAAUUAGCAGCAGCGUAGCAGAAGGCUUGUCUUUCAGCCACCCAGCGACUAUUUCCCCAAAUGGGAUCUUUAUUUGAUGCCUGUGGUCGUCAGUGCACAUCCUGUCUAGUCUGAACUGCUCCUUAUUUAGGGUCAAUACCUGGAUAUUGCAUUGGAUAUGGAUUUGUAGGAGUUAAAGUCCCCCGCAAUUUCCGGCUACUUGAAGAGCUGGAGGAAGGGCAGAAAGGUGUGGGGGAUGGAACGGUGAGCUGGGGUCUAGAGGAUGACGAGGACAUGACUUUAACACGGUGGAGAGGAGUCAUCCUCGGUCCACCUCGAACAAGCUACGAAAACAGGAUGUACAAUCUAAAGGUUGAAUGCGGGCCAGGAUACCCAGAGUCACCGCCGUUUGUCAGAUUUGUCACCAAGAUAAACUUGAACGGCGUGCAUACCUCUAAUGGUGUGGUUGACAUGCAUGCGGUGACUGCACUGGCCAAGUGGCAGAACUCUUACAGUAUCAGGACGGUGCUGUUGGAGCUCCGACGGCUCAUGACGUGCAAAGAGAACAUGAAGCUUCCUCAACCACCCGAGGGCCAGAUCUAUACUAACUGAGCCCCGUUUGUCUCCGUAUUGUCCCUCCUCCUUAGCUACUGUCCCAACCUCAUUUUGUUGGCUAACUUUCCUUCAAUGCAUCCACAUUCCAUUGGCUAAGAGAACACAAGCAGAGCAGAAAACCUAAAGCAAACAAGAACAAUUACAGAAACAUGCAAACAUGAAGUAGAUCAUUACACGCACACACACACACACACACACACACACACGCGCGCGCAUACGCACGUCAUUCCAAGAUACUCGUGUCCUCUCCCAUCACUGGAUCUCUUGGUGGACUCGACAUAAGCCGGCAGUCCACACCAGUUGUGACCAUUGGAACACUAUGUACAUCUUAAUCUUUUGUAUUAUUUGUGGAAAAUGGAUGAUUGUACAAAAACAUAAAUAAUCUUAAUAAGUGUACUUAUUUGUGUGUUGCCUUCUUAUAACAUAGCAGUAGCUCCAUGCCUUUACAUGCGGUUAUUGUUGGCAGUCUUCUGAUGUGAU